AUGAAUCCCAACUCAUCGGGGAUGUAUCCCCCCGCACCGAACUACGAAGAGGAACCACCAGCCUACGGGAAUUAUGGCGAGACCUCGUCCUUUCUCGCAGAUCAUCACGACUCGUCUCCUCGGCACAGCGGGCCCACGAUGCGCUUGCUGCCCACGAGCACGGGCGUCGAUGACGAUCUGAGCGCGGAUGUGACCACUGGUGCGGGUUAUCAGUACGGAGACGAUUACUCGGAUGAUGGCCGCAAGACAAUCGUUGAACAGCUCUCCUCAAGCUCCGUCACCAUGAUUGAUCCCAAUCUUCCUAGAAUGACUUCUCCAAAAAGACCGAGGGCUAACGGACACUACGUCGCUUAUAGAACACAUGCGAGUGGAGAAUAUAACCGUUUCUAUGGGUACGAUGGGGGCUCACCAUCACGGGCUACCUCGAGUCUAGGAAAUGCGCCAACGAUUCCUCCACCGACAGAAUCUAUGGUUGAUAUGCCGCAAUUCUCAUCGCGUCCUGCUUCUCCGCUUAGAGCAUGGUCGCCGACACGCGCACCAGAUUGGACACGGCCGCCCGCUCCUUCAUCUGUGGCUGGCUCGCACUACGAGCGUGCUGAUUUAAAUGGUAGCCCAAGGCCUGGUACGCCCAGCUCGAGAUAUGGAGGAAGCCCCAGACGGCCCUUGCCACCAGCCCCAUUGUUCUCUAGGCCUGGGGCAACCGGGCAAGACACAAGCAUCGACAUCGGAGACGGCAACGAUGAUGACGAUGUCUUUGGAGGAGGUGGCAGGACAAUUAGUCGUCAUGAGCACCGUGGUAGCGUCCGGUCAUUCAUGAGCGAAUCGACUGUCAUUACCGACGAGAAGGACCACAUGACCAAGAUAAGCCUUGACGAAGACGAUGAUGCCACAGAUGUUGACCCAAAUAUGCACUAUGGCCCCGCUCCAGAAAAGCAGAGUCGGCGUGGUGUUCGAGACGCGCAGAUGUCCAAGAAGGAAGUCCAGCUUAUCAACGGUGAGCUGAUCCUGGAGUGUAAGAUUCCCACGAUUCUGCACAGCUUCCUCCCCCGCCGUGAUGACCGAGAGUUUACGCAUAUGCGCUACACGGCCGUGACCUGCGAUCCGGACGACUUCGCCCAGAGAGGCUACAAACUGCGCCAGCAGAUUGGAAGUACGAUGCGUGAGACUGAGUUGUUUAUUUGUGUGACCAUGUAUAACGAGGACGAGAUCCAUUUCACCCGUACUAUGCAUGGUGUCAUGCGGAAUAUCAGCCACUUCUGCGCGCGCUCCAAGUCGCGGACGUGGGGCAAGGAUGGCUGGAAGAAGAUCGUCGUCUGUAUCAUUGCAGACGGUCGUAAGAAGGUGCAUCCUAGAACUCUAAACGCCCUUGCGGCCCUUGGUGUCUACCAGGAAGGGAUAGCCAAGAACAUUGUCAACAAGAAGCAGGUCACUGCCCACGUCUACGAAUACACGACUCAAGUGUCGCUCGAUUCCGAUCUAAAGUUCAAGGGAGCGGAAAAAGGAAUUGUGCCUUGUCAAGUCAUCUUCUGUCUCAAGGAACACAACCAGAAGAAGCUGAACUCCCACCGAUGGUUCUUCAACGCCUUUGGACGCGCGCUGCAGCCAAACAUCUGUAUUCUUCUUGAUGUUGGUACUAAGCCCGAGCCCACCGCACUGUACCAUCUUUGGAAGGCAUUUGACCAGGAUUCCAACGUUGCCGGUGCCGCCGGUGAAAUCAAGGCGGGCAAAGGAAAGAACAUGAUGGGUCUAUUGAACCCGCUUGUGGCGAGCCAGAACUUCGAGUAUAAGAUGUCCAACAUCCUUGACAAGCCUCUGGAGUCGGUAUUUGGGUACAUCACCGUGCUGCCCGGAGCGCUCAGCGCGUAUCGCUUCUUCGCUUUGCAGAACGAUGCGGAUGGCAACGGGCCGCUCAAUCAGUAUUUCAAAGGUGAAACACUACAUGGAAAAGAUGCGGAUGUCUUUACGGCGAACAUGUAUCUGGCAGAAGAUCGUAUUCUGUGCUGGGAGCUCGUCGCCAAGCGGGAAGAAAGAUGGGUUCUGAAAUUCGUCAAGAGUGCCGUUGGUGAAACCGAUGUGCCUGAUACCGUGCCCGAGUUCAUCUCACAGCGUAGACGGUGGCUGAACGGUGCUUUCUUCGCCGCCGUGUACUCUCUUGUCAACGGCAAACAGCUCUGGAAAACAGACCAUUCCCUUCCGCGGAAGAUCCUCCUCCAGAUCGAGGCUGUUUAUCAAUUCCUUCAGAUUCUGUUUACAUACUUCGGAUUGGCGAACUUCUACUUGGCAUUUUUCUUCAUUGCAGGGUCUCUGUCUGAUCCAAAGAUCGACCCUUUCGGACACAACGUGGGAAAAUACAUCUUCAUUAUUCUGAGAUACGCCUGUAUCCUCGUCAUGUGCUUGCAGUUUAUCAUUUCGAUGGGUAAUCGACCGCAAGGUGCCAAGAAGCUUUACCUGUCAGGCAUCAUCGUCUACAGUAUCAUCAUGGUUUAUACAGCCUUCUGUUCUAUCUAUCUGGUCGUUCUGGAGCUCAUGGCCAAGGCCGGGGUGGGUAGGAAAGACCUACCGGUCAGCGAUGGCCUCUUCAUCAACAUCGUUGUGUCACUACUCUCGACCGUGGGGCUUUAUUUCUACGCAUCCUUCCUGUACCUGGACCCGUGGCACAUGUUCACGUCCUCUGCACAAUACUUUGCCCUUCUACCCAGUUACAUCUGCACUCUACAAGUCUACGCGUUCUGUAAUACACACGACGUCACCUGGGGUACCAAGGGCGACAACACCAUCAACACAGAUCUCGGCGCCGCUCGCAUCAUCAACGGCACGACCGUCGAAGUGGAGAUGCCGUCCGAGCAGCUCGACAUCGACAGCGGCUACGACGCGGCCCUGCGCAACCUCCGCGACCGCCUCGAGGUCCCGGAGCCGGGCGUCUCUGAGAGCCAGCAGCAGGAGGACUACUACCGCGCCGUGCGCACAUACAUGGUUUCCGUCUGGAUGGUCGCCAACGUCAUCCUCGCCAUGGCCGUCUCCGAGGUCUACGGCAUCGACUCGACGGGCACAAACGUCUACCUCGCCAUCAUCCUGUGGUCUGUCGCCAUCCUGGCCAUGAUCCGCGUCAUCGGGUCGACCACCUAUGCGAUCCUGCUGGUUGUACAGAAGAUCGUGGAGGGCAAGACCAAGUUCGAGGCCGGCAAUAUCGCCAGCGCCAACAGCGCCACUGCCAGUCAUGUCAGUGGCUCGACGGUGCGGUAUGGCGGCGGCACGACCUUCAAGGAUAAAAUGAAUGAGACCGGGUGGACGAUCAAGAGGCAAGUAGGCAAGGCGAUGUUUUGGCGGAAGUAA